AGAUUAGUAAUACAGAAGCCCAUCCGCUGCGCAGGCCGCAGCCAAAGUGAGCUACCCAGUGUACAUAUAUAUAUAUUUCGGAUUUGGCGCCCUCGUAGACAGACAACUUGGGGUGCUUUGAGAGUACAUAUAGGUAUUUAGGCGUCGGUACACGGGGCCAAUCGCCGUUUUAACAAAAGAGGUAUAUAUCAAAGAGCUACACAGCACAGCGUAGAAGACCGGCGUGUUCUCAAGAAAGAGAAGAUUGUUUGGAUAGAUGUCCUUCGGUACCGCCGGAUCGCGGAUAUACUUCGGAGUGGGUGGUGACGUAACAUGGAAUUCUAGCCUUCAUCUUCACACCACUUUAAAAAUCCUCACAUGUCUUCUUCCUCCUUAAAUACGAAAGAGACGAGAGCAUCAAGGAUCCAUCUCAAUUCCUCCUGUUUCCUACCCUCCCAUAAGUCUUCCACACUCUCCCCCCAACUAUGCCUUCUACAUCAUCCUACCCCCAGUUCCUCACAAACACCCCUCUCCACCCCUCGUUCGACACCGACAUCCGCGACACGCACCUCAUCUACGACUACGCCGCGCAAAAUUCAGAAACAGGCGAACCGGAGAAAUGGCGUUACGAACUAUGGUGUUUCUCCCCCACCCGCUGCGUCUACGCCAUCCACGGCGGGCCAAUGGCGGGCCGCAGCAACUACCAGACGUGCACGUGGCAGUGCAUCCGCCCCGGGGAGCUGUGGCAGUGCAAUUGGCUCGAAGAGACGGGCACUAUUGUCUCCCUUGUCUACGACAUCAAAGAGAGGCGGGUUACUACUAUGAUUGCGUUUUCGAGGGGCCAUUGGGAGAAGAGCGAGGAGGCGAAGGGGGAUAAGAGGAGGAAGGAGGAUUUUGAGAGGUGGAGGAGGCUUGCGGAGAUUGGGACGCAGACAGAGAGGUUUGUGCUGUGUGAGCAGGCGGAGGUGGUGGAGGUUUUUAGAGGAAGGGGGUCGUUGGAGGGUGUGAAGGAGGAUGCUGUGACAUUUUAGGGAGAGGCGGAGAGGGGGGUAUGUGAGCACUUAGAUAUUGCGUGUUUGGGAUGAGCUUGUUGGUUUUAAUACUGCUUUAGAUAUUUGACCUGGGUAUUCAGAUGGUUCUAGCUCCGUUAUUUUCGAGCAUGAUGCAUAAGAGGUUGAGAGAAUCGAAUGAUUGCUCGCGCUACCGCGGAUAUUACACACGCUCAGGACUUGCGACUCGCUU